AGUGAGACAAAAUGAAACAACACUUGCUAGUUUUAGUCAUAGUGAUUUUUGCAGUUGCUACUGCUCAGGAUCUGGAAGAUGUGGAACACGAACCACUACCAUCAAUUCCAAGUUCAAAUUUUAAACAUUUUAUGAGUUUAUUUGGGCAGGGGAUUUGCUGUUACUUCAGAAAAAUGUUUGAACUGUUCAUACCGACAAAAAUAGAAGCUGUGGAUAAUACUAUAAAAGAAAUAAUGCCUAGGUUUAACCGAUUUGAAUGUUGAUUACUUGUAACAACAUUGUAU